AUGGGAGAAAAUACAGUUAAGAAAACCAGCAAUCAAAUAACAAUUUAUGAGUAUGCCCAAGUACUUGGAUAUAGAGCUGUACAGUUGAGUAAUAACUCCAAACCAUUGGUAGAUACUGAAGGAAUGACAGAUUGUUUAGAAAUUGCUAAGAAGGAGUAUAAAGAGGGUAAAAUACCAUAUAUUGUAAGAAGAAUUCUACCAGACAAGUCUUAUGAAGAUUGGAAUUUAUCUGAAUUACAUACACCAAAUAACCUUUAA